UUGAAGGUUUUUUUAGAUAAAGCAACUGACUCGACUUUGGUCGACCCAAAUUGGGAGGCAAUUCUUGAAUGUGUUGACCUUAUUAGGGGCGGUGAAGCAACAGCAAAGUCUGCUCUUAGUGCUGUACAGAAACGCUUUCACAGUGAAAAUCCUCAUGUCGCUCAUCAUGCCCUGCUUGUUUUGGAAGCAUGUAUGAAAAAUUGUGGCUCUAAGUUUCAUAAAGAGGUGGCCACGAUUGAUUUUACACGUGACUUAAGAGCUCUUGCGCUGGAUAGCUCUUCAGAAAAGGUAAAAAACAAGAUUUUGGAGUUGCUGCAGUGUUGGUCUAUCGCCUUCAAAGAUAAGCCUGAGUUUAAAAUUAUUGCUGAUACGCAAGAGCUUAUGAAGCACGAAGGCAUUGAAUUUCCUAAAAUUAGUGAGUCAAAAGCUAUGUUCGCUGCAGAAAGUGCUCCAGAAUGGGCGGAGGGAGAUGUUUGUUAUCGAUGUCGGACAAGUUUCAACAUUUGGAAUAGGAGGCAUCACUGUAGAGCUUGUGGACAAUCCUUCUGUGUCAAGUGCAGCAGCAAUCAGAGUUAUUUACCUCAGUAUGGGAUCGAAAAAGAGGUCCGGGUUUGUGAUGGGUGUUUUGAAAAACUUUCUUCAUCUAAAAAGAAGGCUUCCGCUGAAAGUUUGUCUGCUAAGCUUGCUGGAACAUCUAUUAGCAGUGGUGACGAGUCGGCAAAGUUAGCAAAGCAGAAAGCUAAAGAACUGAAGGAUGAUGAAGAAUACGAAUUCAAUUUGGCGUUAGCUAUUAGUCAGUCGGAAGCGGAAGCGAAGGAGCAGGAACGACAGAAACAACUUUAUCAGAUGUUCAAUGGGCCGAACUAUUCUGGAAAAAGCGAGAAGGUUCUGCUCAAUGGUACACUUGAGAGUUCUCGGAGCGAACAGAGUUCUGGUUAUAAAAACUUGUCUGCCGAAGAAGAGGAGACGAAAUCGUCUGUCUUGGAUUCAGAAGCGCCAUUGGAUCCCGAAUUAGCUCGAUAUCUAAACAAAGACUAUUGGCAGAAAAGAAGCCAAGAGCAAAAUGAGGCGGUAGUGUUUAUCGUUCAAUUUUAUGUUUUGCGUUUAAUUCAAAUGCUUACGUCGACUACUGAAGUUCGAAAAGCGCCAGUACCUACAGCCCCACCACCGAGCGAAUGCUCUUAUUCUCUAGGUGCAUCGAGGAGUGAGAAGGGGAAUUACGCGCAGUCCCUUGCACCCUCACUGGUGAGCACUCAAAAGGGAGUAGAUGGUGAUAUGACCACGGCACAGCUUGCAACUGAUGAGGAAGAACAGACUGCCGAAACAAUGGAGUUCUGUAAACAAGUCUAUGAUGAAGUAAGAUCUUGUUUCUCCUUGUACCUGUUAAUUUAUAAGAAAGGUACAGAUAGCGUCAGUGAAGAUUUUUGGACAGCCUUGAAUAUAUUUCAUAUUCUUCAUUUUUUAAUAAAUAAAAUCUUGGCUGCUCGAUGCUUUAUAGUGGUAACAAAAAUGGUGAAUCGCAUUAAUUCAAAUAGGAUGCGGAAUCGUUCACUUUUCAAUGAUACUGCCAUACAGUCAUUAUGGUCUCGGAUGACUGGUAUGUUAGAGCAAGUCAAGAUCCGGAAGAAUAAGCUUGACGAAAAAAAAACUUUGCAUACUGAUUUAUCACUCUCUGCUGUUUACGUCUAUUUGAUAAACUUCUGUCCAAUUAUUUACAUAAGUUUCCUUCUGAAAAAUAGAGCUGCACAUUAUGAACUACUAAUGGAUAAAAUAAACAACAUAAAGUACACGCGCGCUGCCGUUGACCAAUUAAGGGAACAAUUUUUACGUGAAGAAGAAGAAAGAAAAAGGAGGGAAAAAGAGGAGAAGCAACGUGAGAUGAUGCAAACUGCCGCGUUGCUGAGACAACAAAAGCACCUUAUGCUUCAAGCUCAACAACGGGAACAGAUAAGGAGGAUGCUGACCCCAAGUGGAACUGUCGGCUGUUCCAGUUAUUAUCCUUCUCCAAGCUAUGCGAUGAUGCAAAGUACUAUGAUGGGGAAUCCAGUUCAGGGUAUACAGGCAGAGUCUACCUUUGUUCGCCCAUCUAGUCCCUUUCCUCCAUAUGGGUACUCAGGUGCUGCUAAUGUGAACCCCCCACCUGGUAGUCAGUUAGGCGUUACUUAUGUUCAGGUUUCUCAACCUAGUCAGACAACAGAAACUGCUGUGCAACAAAAUGUUGACGUUGCUUCUAAUACUUCUGGUGUUUUGCAGAAAGUCUCCUCUCAGCAAGCCAUUCCAAGCGCGGUGAACAUGAUCGAUUCUUAUUCGAAUCCCUCAUUAGUUUCAUCUUUUAGUGGGAAUGUACAGCAACAGCAGACGGUAUAUCCAUUAUCUUCUGGUAGUGUGCUUACCACUGGCGAGCAGGCUAUCCAGAACCAGCAGCAGUUGUCGGUUUCUAUGGCGGGACAAGCCAUGACAUGUUCGCAGAAAGUUCCAGUGCCAGUUUCAGUUCAGCAACAAAUUAGUCAACCUGUGGCUGUACAGCAGCAGGUGCCUGUACCUGGUGGUAUUGUGCAGAAUAUAGCUCAGACUGGACCUGUGACGCAGCAGAAUCCUUUAAGUGCUGAGGUUAUGAAGCAGAUUACACAAGCCACUGUAGCGUCACAGCAGCCUGCACAAAUUGUUACAUCUGUUCCACCUGUAUCUCAGUCCAUCCAGCAGCAGGCCUCCCAGUCCAUAUCUGUGUCUCAAUUCCCUUCUUCUACGCCACAACAAAUGUUCCCAGCUGGUCAAGUAUUACCGGAACAAAUUUAUGCCCAGCAGCUAAAUGCUUCACAGUUUCAAGGAAUGCAGAAUGCCUACAGCAAUCCCCAGCUUCAGUACUCUACUCAGCAGUUUCCUGCUGGUAGCUACCAGCUAAUGUCUAUGCAGGGAGUGCCUCAGAUGAGCUACCAACAACCUGCUUUUCUUCUCCGAGUUAUAUACAUAAGUCGGAGAAUGAGUUUGGAACGUUGUUAUCAUCUUUCAAAUUAUUCGAAGAAAAUUCCAUAUACUUCAGCUUUCCUUGGGGCUCAGAAUCAGGUCGUUGCGUCGCAGCAGGUCCAGCCCCCUUUACAGUCUGCCCAGGAUGGUGUUGCUGAAGGGCCACUAAUUUCAUUUGAUUAGCG